CUCCACCACUCAAGUCGCUGAGCAAAUGGCUUCGCGAAGAUUUAGUCACAUUACUACAGUAUUCCUCUUAACUAUCUAUCGUGCCAUAAGCCUUGUUUCUGUGGAUUUGCCGGACACCCUUCCACUUGGCCUCCUCGACCUUGAUAUCGUCGAUAAGAUCCAAUUAGAUCCCAACACCACCACACAAUUCUCCAUCGACUAUGGCCAGCUCAGUCAAGCCGCCCCGGCUGCCGUGUACUGUCCUUCGUCCCCCGAUGACAUCGCGGCCCUCGUCCGGUUCGCCUACACCUCCCCCCGGUACUUCACCAUCGCCGCCCGAGGCCGCGGCCACUCCGUACGAGGCCAGGCCUUCGCCCCCGGCGGCGUGGUGGUCGACAUGGCAUCCUUAGGCCGUGGCCGCGCCGACCGGAUCAAUGUGUCAUCGGAUGACGCGCCCCCGCGCUGGUACGUCGACGCCGGGGGCGAGCAACUCUGGAUCGACGUCCUGCAUGAAACCCUCAAGCACGGUCUUACUCCCCGCUCGUGGACUGAUUACCUUCACCUCACGGUCGGCGGCACGCUCUCGAACGCCGGCAUAAGUGGCCAGGCCUUCCGCCACGGCCCGCAGAUCUCCAACGUCUACGAAUUGGAUGUCAUCACCGGGAAAGGUGACAUGAUAACGUGCUCUCGUGAAGAGAACUCGGACCUAUUCUAUGGGGUCUUAGGAGGACUCGGCCAGUUCGGCAUCAUCACCAGAGCUCGGAUCUCCUUAGAGCCCGCACCACAGCGGGUCCGAUGGCUGCACCUCGUCUACACCAACUUCGACAUGUUCACGAGGGACCAAGAGAUGUUGAUCUCAAAGUUGGAGAAGGGAUUCGACUAUGUCGAGGGACGACUACUGAAGGGGAAGGAUGUUAGCAGUUCUUCUUUCAUCUCAGAAGAAGACUCGGAGAAGGUUAAAUUGCUCGCGGAUGAGUUCGGUGCCAUUUACCUCUUGGAAGGAGCUGUUUACUAUGAGCAAGCCACUGCAUCCAUGGUUUAUCAGGAGGUUGAAUCGCUGCUCAAACAGCUGAGCUUUGUGCCUGGCUUCGCCUUCACGAAGGACGUUUCCUACAUCGGCUUCCUCGACAGAGUUCACGAAGAGGACACAAAACAAAGCUCCACGGAGCAUGAGGACGUUCUCCAUCCAUGGUUCAACUUGUUCCUUCCCAAAUCCAGAAUACGAGACUUCGAAAGUGCGGUCUUCAAGGGAAUCCUUAAGAAUAACAAUCCCGUGGGACUAGUGUUGAUCUAUCCUUUUAACAAGAACAAGUGGGACGAUAAGAUAUCGGCGGCGAUCCCGGACGAAGAAGAGGUUUUCUACACGAUAGGCCUGUUGCCAUCUGCGACGAGGGAAAACUGGGAGUACCUUGACAAGCAACACCAUGAAAUACUAAGCUUCUGCCAUCAGGAAGGGAUCGAGUUCAAGCAGUAUUUGCCUCGGUACGUCACAGAGACGGAUUGGAGGAAGCACUUCGGCCGUAAGUGGCAUGUGUUCGUUCAAUUGAAGAGGCAAUAUGACCCAAAAGCACUGCUGUCGCCAGGUCAACGUAUAUUUACCACCCCGUUGUAGAUUGUGUCGUGCAGUAACUCACUGCUCGCAUGCAUGCAUGCGGUGGCAAGCUACGUAGCACAGGUUUCAUCAUGUAAACAGCUAUCUCGUAUGUAUGAUAAGAAAACUAGCUAUAUAUAAGAAGAAUCAUCGUGUCAGUGAACAAUGAAACACAGCUU